UUUCUGCCUUCUCUUCAACCAUCCCACCCCGCUUUAAGCGAUUGCUCCAUUGCACAUUAGGAGCAAACAGUUGCGCCCAGAAGUCCAUAUCUUCGCCGCUCCAUUUAUCCCUGCUUCAGACCUCUAAGACAUGGCACAAGAAGGACACAAUUAUGGCAGCAGACAAGGAGCACUAGAAGGUCCAGUAGUCCGAAAUAUCCCGGCAAAUGUGGUUUCUCCCACGGUCCCAGAGGAGGAGCUCUUAGCCGACGACGAGCCUCCAGACGAGCGUCGUACCCCGCGUCCUUCGGUGUUGAAGCUGCAUGAGGUAUUCAAGACUUCCUUCUCUAAGACGACACCUCCAAACCCUGAACGCAAACAGUCGCUUCUGACUAACGCCUUGCACUCGAAUGAAACGUCCCCUACUGAAGAGCAUCCCGAGGCCACCCCUAUAAGCCGAGGAAUGUCGUGCGCCUCGACGUGGAGCAAUGCAUCGACCGCAGAGCUUACGAGCGAUGGCGGUUUCACAAGCCCUGGCACAAGGACAAGCACGCCGAGCCCGCCACUACCUUCAUCCUCUUUCCACGGCAUGGCGCCAAUCUUCACCAGGAAGCUCUUCGAACAACCAGUGUCCAUUGUACGACACGAUGACGAGAACAUUGGUCCUCUACAGAAGGUAUUGACAGCACCACCGGAAGAAACCACAGUGGAAGCAAACUUGGGACGAAAGCGAACCAUUACGUUCGCAUGUGGCCGCAAAGACACACCAAAACCUGUAGCGGAAGCACCGAAAGUCAAAGGAUCCCCACCGCAGCCGGAGGAUCCCCCUAGGCGUGUCUGCACCAUCAAAUUUGCGUGCCCGUCCAAAGUCCCCACUGGGUCUCCUUCCAAGGACGGCAAGCCGCGCCUUCCUCGUGCGGCCAGCCCAGCACCCUUCGUACACCGUCUACGUACAUCUCCUAAAGUACCACCAAAACCACAUCGCGACUCUGACUCGACUGUCCGCAACACUUAUCCUAUCAUCGAACGAAAGACCCCCACGGUUGACCGUUCCCGAAGGCUGAGCGUGAACUCGGACCUUGCUCGCUCCGAAGCAUUCCGCUUCCAUGAAUUCGCUAGCUCUGAAGAAGAAGUUGACGAAUGGCUGCAAGAGUCGACCUGCCACCGAAGCCGGCUCACUGUCGGCGACACCCUCAAGGUCGAAAGCAAACUUCGACAGCUUGGGGAAGAGGUGGAAGAGGAAGCCUUGGAGGACGAGCAAGAGGCCGAAAUGGCAGAAGAGGACGAUGAAAACGACGUCGAUGAUGAUGAUGAUGAUGAUGAUGAUGAUGAUGAUCUAGACGAGGAGGACGAGGACGUGGACGAGGAGGACGCCGACGAUGAUGUCUCCGACGAGGGUUUCCAGACUGACGAUGAACAGGGUUUUGCAGGCUCAGAAGACGACAGCGAUGCAGGGUCCGAUUACGCUUGGUGGGCGCCUGGACGCUCAACCGCAGCGACCUCAAUGGAUCAUCUUGAACACAUUCGUCCCAGCAGCCGCCGCUCUGCUUCAGAGUCGUCAAUUGGAUCUAUGGAGAGCGCACCUGGUUUCCGCAGGAGACUCGAGAAAACGCGAAAGCGGAGGAAGUCACGACCCGUAAACAUCCGCGUCCCUAGCCCUGAGCUUCCGGACAGCACUGACUUCGUUUGUGGAACUCUUGACGAGGACAGGCCUCUUGAAGAUGCUUAUCUGUCUUGUCUGGAACGCCGACGUGCAGCCAAGCACAAGGUGACUCCCCAAGACAUCGAUCCGACAUUCCCAACGUCGGACCCUGAGAUGGAUGAGGAAGACGAAAACGACGAGGCAGAUAACAUUGCCUCGGAAAGUGACCAACAAGUCUGGAUGCAUGGUCAAAUGGAUCCCCUUGAGGAUGUUGAGCUUCGUGGACGUCGCAAAGACGUUUCUAAGAAACGCUCCCCUGUGCAGUCACCCAAACGUCUUCGAUCACCCCCACCAGCCAAACGCGCAAUGCAUCGAUCUCCACCUCCAAGGAAGCUCUUCGGUCAAUCCCCCAGGCGUCUUCGUUCUCCUGCUCCUGUUCGACUUAGGUCACCACCACCAACCCGCCGUGGCUCGACUGUCAUGUCAUCUAAGCGUCCUGGUCUUUCGGUUCGGUUCGGUUGUCUUGGAGAACGUCCCGCCCUUACCAUCUCAUCUUCCCUCCCACGAACCCCUGUGACAUCUCACCAUCCUGAAGACUCUGAGGACGAAGACACCUGCCAGGAGGCGACGCCAAUUCGUCGCGCCAUCGACAUCAAGAUUGGUCUCGAAAACAAGCGGCAGCGUCGCAAGGAACAGCUCUACAAGAAGCUUCACCGCAAGGCUUGCAAAGACAAAGGCAAGCGACCACCACCUGGCAAAGGUUGCGAACGAAUGCGCGAGGUCGCCAUGGGUGUAGCCGCUCACAAGGGCAAGAUGACUGGCUUCGCCCGUGGCAUUCCGCCAACGCCAGACCAAAAAGACAUGCAUGUGCUGUCAGUGUAGUCGACAAAAUUCCCGAGCGAGAACUAGCGCCGCUGACAUUGAGUCGGCACCUCACAAGUUUCUUCCAAGUAAAAUACCUGUU